AUGGCCAAGGCGCCCGCGGAAUUGGACGAGCUCUCGCUCAUGAACAACGCUAGUGCACUGACGCCUGCGGCCCUCACAGCCGCGAAGAAGAAGAAACGGAGAGGUCCCAAGGCCAUGGAUGGCUUGCUCGAUGACAUGGCGCCAUCGCUCGCAGCGACAGCGCAAGUGCAAGCAGACCUUCUUGCGACUGCCAGUGACCUGUACAGACGCAUUGAAGCCGAUCCACACGGCCUUCGUGAUGAUGAGGCGUACUGGAAAUCGCUCCCUGCACAUCUGCGCACAUUCAUCCGCAACGCACUUCCUUUGGGCCAAUUCGCGUCCGGGGGGACGACGGCUGCCACUGAUCCUGCAGCGCCUGCCGACGUCAUGCCACGUCAUGCCUCAACGCAGGCCAUGAUUGCUGUUGCUCAGCAGCUUGCACAGGCUGCACAUGCAUCACAGGUGCCUGCAUCGGAUCUAUAUCGCCACAAGCAAAAAUUCAUGCAGCAUGCAUCACCACAUGGACCGCAGGUUCCACACGUCCCAGGGAUGACGCUUCCUGUGGGUGACGAUGGCGACCUUGUGUUUGUUGACGGAUUCGAUGAUGAAGAGACGGAGCUCGAGCCCUCGUACGCGAGUGACGAGGCUGUGGACGAAAAGCACAGUGUGUCGUCGGAGCACGAGAAAAAGAAGAAGAGCAAGAAGAAGAAGAAAAAGGCUCCUGCUCCAGCCGUAUCUUCGCCCCCGGCCGUUCCUGCAGGAGCACCGACGGCGACACCUGCGCAGGUCCAAGCGCAACUGCAGGCUCAAGCCCAAACCCAAGCGCCGACACCAACGCCAGUCUCCGUCCCAUCCAUGGACCGGCGACUUGCUUCAACAACACCUCUGGCGCCGGUAGGAGCGACGACACCGACCAUGGGUCCGAAGCGCAGCAUGCCGACUGUGCCUGUGGCUGCGCCACACGCACCACUGCCGUCUUCGCGUGCUGCUGGCAAGCUGCCCAUGAUGUUCCACACGGCCACACGCACAGGAGCUGCCGCUCCUCCGCCUCCUGCUCCUGCUCCUACUUCAGCGCCGCCGCCACCUCAUUCAGCGAUGCAAAGGCGUACAAAGAGCUCGUUGAAUGUCAACGGCGAGCACGCGCCCAUGUUCCCAAUGCACAUGGCGGGUGCGGCGCCGCCGCCCAGUGGAAGUGCGCUCACCAUCGGCAGUGCCGAAGAGCGAGACAAGAUCCAUGAGUUUUGGCUUUCUCUAUCGCGACAGGAGCGACGCGCGCUUGUCGAGGCGGACGAACAGAAUGUUCUGCGCAGACUGAAAGAAUACCAGCGACAUGCAUGCACAUGUGCGAUAUGCGUGCGGAAACGCAUGACGAUCGAUGCAAAGAUCUGCGAGUUGUAUGGCUUGUACUAUGAUGCAGUCGAAACGCAUGCGACAAAAAAGACAGGUCCAGUCGACCGAACUUUUGCAGCUGCUGCCGCUGCCGUGGCGGCCGCGGCAGGCGACGGCGGGCCGGAGCUACAGAGCCCCGGGCCUUUCCCAGGAAGUGUGGCGCUUGACAGCCACGGAGGCGUCAUAGGGGCCAAUUUGAUCCUUGCCCGAUAUUCCCUUCGUACACGGCGACGGAAACUAGGGACGUAUCCAGAGACGCCGAAUAGCGAGCGGCGCCUCAUCCCAGACGUUGGUGCGGAGACAGACGACAUGUACUACGAUGAACUGGACGACGAGGAGUAUGAGGACGAUGUGCUUGAAGACGAGUAUGAAGACGACUUUGAUGAUGAGAUCGAGCGGCACGAUCGUCGGCUGCAUCCCGGAGGCCAAUGCUUUAGUCCUGAUUGCUACUGCAUCAACUCGACCUUGACUGUCAAAGGCAUCCUCUCUGUGGCUGAUGACCUGUCUAGUAAUGAAGUGCAAAAACUCGUGCUGAUGAUGGAACAGCUGAUCGAGCGCAGCGCCGCUCUCGAGUCGCCAGAAGAUGCCGUGGAUGACGACUCUGUUCACAGCGAGCUGGAACUCUCGCCUGACGAGCAGCGUGAGCAGGGCUGGCGGCAUGUUCCAGAUCUUCGCCGCCCGGACUCUGGAGCAGCGCGUGCUCAAAGCCUACCGGGAGUGUGUGGCGCAUGA